ACUUUGUAGACCCAUUUUUCUUACCCGAGGUCUUACACUUUACUGACGUAAUCAGUACAAUAAAUUAACUAUGUCCGGAUUAGAGAAUUAUUCCGCACAAAGAAAACGAAACUGAAAACCGUGAAGGUUUUAGGCUCCGUCUGUGACAGUGAAAAUGGGAAAGAAAAGGGGGAAGGACAAGAGCUUCAGAGAGGACGAUGACAUCGACCUGACAGGUCCAUCCUGUAGGCAUAUUAAGAAGGGAACAGACCAAACUCUUCUAAAGAAACUUUAUGGGCACUCUGAUUGGACUAGUUGCCAGGAAUGUAAGCAUGAAGAAAAUAAAGAAAAUAACAGCACCACCCUGCCACAGGACUCUGAGGAGGAAAAGGAAACGGCAGCCAUAUGGAUGUGCUUGAAAUGUGGCCAUAGAGGAUGCGGACGCAACGCUGAGAACCAGCACGCCAUCAAACAUUAUGAGACUCCUCGGUCAGAUCCCCACUGCCUGGUGGUCAGCAUGGACAGCUGGAGUGUGUGGUGUUACAUAUGUGACGAUGAAGUCCAGUACUCCAGAACCGGACAUUUGGCUCAGCUUUUGACCAACCUAAAAAAGCAAACCUCUGCAGAUCCCAUAAAGAGACCACAGAAAAGAGUCAAAGAGGAAGACACCUUGUUGGAGGUUGAGCAGAAGACAGAGACUGUAAAAGCAGAGGAAAGUGAGGACAAGGAAAACAAAGAAAACAAGGACCACCAAAAGAAAAACGCCAAGAAAGAGAGUGUUGGGAAAUCGCAGAAAUCCGGCACAACUGAAGACAAAGUUGGUGUUUCGGUAAAGGGGCUGAGCAACCUGGGAAACACAUGUUUCUUUAAUGCAGUCAUUCAGAAUCUCUCUCAAACACAGCUCUUAAGACAGACUCUCAACAAAGUGACGGAAGAGGAAAGGAGUCUUAACAUUAAACCUGGUGCCUCCUCAGAUCUGGAGCCCGUUCUAGUGCAGUUAGAUCAGCCUGGAUCCCUGUCUUUGGCUAUGUGUCAACUACUCAAUGAGAUCCAGGAAUCCAAGAAGGGUGUGGUAACGCCACGGGAGUUAUUUACCCAAGUUUGUAAAAAGGCUGCCAGGUUCAAAGGAUUUCAGCAGCAAGAUAGCCAGGAGCUGCUGCGCUACCUUCUGGAUGGGAUGCGAGCCGAGGAGAUCAAAAGAGUAAGCUCAGGGAUCAUGGAGGCGUUGAAACAAUCUAGGAAAAACGCAGAUGGAGAGCAGCUGAAAACACUAGUCAAAGAGUAUGAGAAAAAUGGAUUUCCAAAAAACUUUGUUGACCAAGUUUUUGGUGGGGAAAUGACGAGCACUAUAAUGUGUCAGCAGUGUAAGACGGUUUCUGUAGUCACAGAAAUGUUUUUGGAUCUUUCCCUUCCUGUUUCUGAUGAGGCUUAUAGAAAGAAGAACCAGAAAAAACGGGUUCAGAAGACCAGUGAGUCGAGCCAGGAUGGCAGAAACAGCCCUGCUUUGACCAACGGAAAUGAUGACAUUCCCACCGGGGCUGGUAGCAAGUACCAGCAGAAGAAAGCCAAGAAGCACGCAAAGAAGCAAGCAAAGCAUCAAAAGAGGCAGAAGAAGCUUGAGGGAAGAGUUACUUUGGACAGUCUCACGUCUCCGGGCUGCACAGAGAACGAACAGACGGAUCCUUCUGCAGAUGCAAAUGAAGGGGAAAAUGCUGACAGUGAGACAUAUGAAGAAGCCCCUCUGAAUCCUGCACAAAUCAUUGCUGAUGAGCAGGGUGCAAAGAAGCUCGACACUGUCCAGGCCGAGAAGGAAAAAGACGAGGGUGAGGAUUCAGCGAUUGGCUGCGACUCAUCAGCUACGGCAUCGGUCAGCAACCGUUUUACCCUCUUAUCCGAGGGGCACAACUCAAAGGACAGCGUCGUAGAUGAAGACAAAAUAUCUGACAUGGAACAGGAAGCAGAGGAGGACACACAGCUGGCGAGUGAAAUGGAGAAAGUAACCCUGGAUGAUGCCUUCAUAGAGGACUCCGAUGCUGUGGAACAAGGCAUGGAGGCUGAAGAUGAGCCAGUUGAGGAUAAAGAGUACACUGUAGUGAAUCAGGACCCAGAGCUGGCCUUCCACACAUUGGCUACUAGAAUGGCCCCUGAGAAGCAGGAGUGCUCAGUACAGUCAUGCCUUUUUCAGUUCACCGAAGUGGAAACCCUCACGCAGAACAACAGCCUGCUGUGUGUCACCUGCAAUAAAUGGCAGGGGAACAAAGCCAAGGCUGGAGAAUCCAAGAAGAAUAUCUACACUGAUGCCUUGAAGCAAAUGCUGAUCUCCUCUCCCCCACCAGUUCUUACCCUUCAUUUGAAGAGAUUUCAACAGAAUGGAUACAGCAUUUGUAAGGUGAACAGACACGUUCAAUUCCCCUUCAUUCUGGAUCUAGCUCCUUUUUGUGCGGUUAAAUGCAAGAACGUGACGGAGGGAGAUACUCAGAUUUUGUACAGUUUGUAUGGUAUCGUAGAGCACAGUGGAACAAUGAGGUCGGGUCAUUACACGGCCUACGUGAAAGUACGACCUGAGCUCCCUACGCCCUCGUCCAACGGACUUGCAGUAGAAGGAGUUGCAGAGCCACCCAGAGGAUCCUGGUUCCAUAUCAGCGACACAAGCGUUCAGUCUGUGAGCGAGAGCAAGGUCCAGAGUUGCCAAGCCUACCUCCUCUUCUACGAGAGGAUCCUCUAGUCAAGCUGUGCCUCACUACUCAGGAAAUCCAAACAAGCCGACCUGCUGCUGCUUCAGCUCCGGUUUACCAACCGUGGCCUGUUUUGUCAGUGACUCAAACGGGGCUGUGAAAUGAAAUUAAAACGAUUAUACACAUGGGACAGUUGACAGCAUUGACAUUUUCAUCACAGCAGUGUCAUACGGUGUUUCAGCAAUUAAACGGGACAGCUGUUGGAUGUUUCUCGCACUCGUGGGAAUAUGGCAAGGUGUGAUAAUGAAAGUCAAGGUUGACGUGGAUCAGAUAGUGGAUUAGUUGAUUUAAUUUUGGGAUACAAAUCAAAUUCGGGGGAAUGCUUUGUAAAGGGAAAAAUAUUUAUAUGUCUAUUUUUUAUCAAUGUCAUGUAAUGAAGAGCUGCAAAAAAACGAUUAAAGUUUCUCGUGGCUCGUGUUAUGACUUCCCGACUCGCACUGAGCGUGCGCAGAAAAUUCAAGCGGCGUUUCCUGGUCCAAAUUGUCACAUGACGGGAGGAAAGUCAGGCUCCGGAUGGCUAGAGUCAUCUCUACCCGAACUUUACAAAUGGCAGUGUUAUCCAGCUGACAUGGCAGGUGACCGUGGAGGGGUUUGAACCUUUGCUUCAAUUUGCCUACACAUCAAAGCUGCUCUUUACCAAAGAAAACAUUCACGCCAUUCACAGCAGUGCUGAGUUUUUAG